AUGAUUUUUGAACCAAGUGAACCAUUUCAUUUUUCAUCCAUUCAAGCCAUGAAGUCUGUUGGUUUAAAUCACUUAGUUAAUGAUGAUCAUCUCGUUCAAUCAAAACGUGAUCGUAACACAUUUUUACCGUUCAUAUGGAAUUUGAAACGGUUAGCAGCUGUUAUUAGCGAAGUGGCUCAUUCGAAAGGGUUCAGUCAAAAUGAAAUUAUUGAAUUAUUGAAUAUUUUAACAACACAAUAUAUUGAAACAUUAUCCAAGCCAAAAGCAACGCCAAAAUUAAUGUUGACUCAUAGAUUAGAUAAUUCGACAUUAAAACAAAAUAUGAGACGCUCAUCAAUACACGGCUGUUUGAAUAUGAACCAAACAAACAAUUAUAAACAUAUUAACUGGACUGCAAUCCCUAAUUAUUCUAUGAUGACUGAAAUUGUUCGACAAUUAGCUAUAUCACGCGCUGAGUUAUCAUCACAGAUAACACUAUUGAAUAAAAGACAAAGAGGAAUGGUUUUGUGCAUGGAAACUCCACAGAUAGAAUAUCAGUUUAUUAAUGAUAAAAUAAACUAUGCUGAUUCAAAAGAAGGUUUGAUGCUUACUAAUGAUUGUGAUAGAAAGAUUCUCACUAAUGCAUUACUGUCGUCGCAAAUUGAUGACUCAGAGCCUCUUCAAAUACCGUUGAUGAUCGUAGGUGGAGGAAUCGGUGGCUUGGCCACGGCUCUCUGUUUUGCUCGUGCAGGUAAACGAGUUCAUCUUCUGGAAAAACAGCCCGAAUUCGUCGAAGUUGGAGCCGGAAUGCAAUUAGCCCCCAAUUGCAGCCGACUGUUGGAUCAACUGGGAGUAUUGAAAGAUGUUCAACGGAACGCUGUGUUUCCUAAAGAAAUUGUUUGGAUGGACGCCAUCUCCGGUGAAAAGUUAACAGGUUUCGAUUUAGGUGAGAAAUUCGUUGAUACAUUUGGCUAUGCUUAUAUGGUAGUGCAUCGUGGUGAUUUAUUGCAAGCGCUUUAUCGAGCAUGCUUAGACAGUUCACUUGUAACAAUGGAAUCAUCAAAACUGAUUGUGAAUAUUGAACAAUGUUCAUCAUCCGUUCUCCUUUCAUGUGCUGAUGGUACACGCUACAAUUGUGAAUUGUGUGUGGGGGCUGAUGGUUUAUGGUCACAAACGCGAAAAUUUGUUCAUGAUGAUGGACCACCAAUCAGUGUUGGCUAUGUGACAUAUCGUGGUACCGUCCCUAUCGCUCAAGUGUCUGCGAAAGCAGGUAGGGAUAACGUUUUGUUUUGGGUCGGACCUGAUAUGCAUCUGGUUCAGUAUCCAAUUCGUCGUGGAGAAUUCUAUAAUCAAGCAGCGGUUUUUAAGUCGAAGCAACAACCGAAUGAGACAGAUGAGUGGGGUACAACGGAAGAACUGUUUCAACAUUUCAGUAUUGGAUGUGAGGCAGUAAGAAAUGCUCUUCCACUGCUGAAAACAAAUUUUCGAUGGCCCGUUUAUGAUCGUGAACCACUGACUACAUGGAGUCGAGGACGUCUGGUUUUACUGGGUGAUGCUGCUCAUCCUAUGUUACAAUAUGCGGCACAGGGCGCAGCUCAAGCAUUAGAGGAUGCUGUUGCUUUGGUAUCAGCUUAUAUGAAAUAUGAUUCCGACGAUAUUAAGGCUAUAUUUGAGACGUAUGAAAACGAACGAAUUAAUCUUUCAUCUAAUGUCGUUCGUCUUGCACGUGAAAUUGGAGAAUUUGCUCAUAAGAGUGGUUUCGAAAAGAUAGCACGAGAUUUUCUAUUACGUAAUCAUGAUGUUUAUGAUUAUGAUUGUUUAAAAUGGCUUUACGCAAGAAAAAGAAGAACAAGUAUUUAG